UAGUUGUACUUCUGGUUUCGAUGCCACGUUUCAAACCAAACCACCGACCGUCAAAUCGUCAAUGAUCUUGAAUUUGCCGUCCACACUUCGAUCCCUCCCGUAUCUAACAACUAACCCUUAUGAUCACACCACUUUGACUACCACUCGUUUGUAUACUUUGUAUCAACAACCACCCUUCUCUCUCUCCCUCCCUCCACCCUCUCUCUCUCUCCACGAUCUGUGGCUGCGUGUAAUCUGGACGGGAAAGUGCUAGUCUAGCUGUCGGCCACAUCUCCUAACUUUAGUCGAUGGGCUGCUCUCAGUCUUUGGUCAAAAAGCAGUUUCCCGGACAUGAGGAUCCAGUAGCUCUUGCUUCUCAAACAGCUUUCAGUGUUAGCGAAGUUGAAGCACUAUUUGAGCUAUUCAAGAGUAUAAGCAGUUCCUUGAUUGAUGAUGGUCUAAUAAGCAAGGAAGAAUUUCAAUUAGCUUUAUUCAAGAACAGAAAGAAAGAGAAUCUUUUUGCAAACAGGAUCUUUGAUCUUUUUGAUGUUAAACGAAAGGGGUUAAUCGAUUUUGGUGACUUUGUAAGAUCACUCAAUGUCUUCCAUCCUAAUGGCUCACUAGAAGACAAGAUCAGUUUUUCAUUUACUCUCUAUGAUAUGGAUGGCACUGGAUUUAUUGAACGACAAGAGGUUAAGCAAAUGUUGAUUGCUCUUUUGUGCGAGUCUGAUAUGAAGUUGGCUGACGGGACCAUUGAGAUCAUACUCGAUAAAACUUUUUUAGAAGCUGAUAUAAACGGGGAUGGAAAAAUUGAUAGAUCCGAGUGGCUCAAUUUUGUGGCAAAAAAUCCGUCUUUGUUGAAGAUAAUGACACUUCCAUAUUUGAGGGACAUCACCACGACAUUUCCGAGUUUUGUCUUUCAUUCCGAGGUUGACGAUAUUGCCACUUAAGUGUGAUCAAUGUAUAUAUAGUUUGUGAAGAAUUGUGAUACAUGUAGGUUUGAGUAUAUAUGCAUUUAGUCUUUGGAAAUCAUCCCUAGUAAAAGGGGAGUUGUAUUGAUUGAGAAGUGGCCGGGGUUUUUUUUCUGGCCACAUUCCGACUGUAAUGUAUUUAUCUGUACAUGUGAUUUGCUACUUAUUCUUUUAUACCCCCUUAUUAAUUAAUGAAAUUUGGCUUCUUUUUUUA